AUGUACGGCGAGCUAAAUGCCAUUUUGCACAGACCGCAACUCAAGUCCGAACCGACGGAAACCACAAACACAAGCUCAGACGAGUCACUUAUACAGAAUAACGUCGAGCAAGCGAAGCGAGCAGUUGCUCUACGGAAAUACGAACAAGCCGUAGAAUUUUAUGCCACUGCACUAGAGCUCACGGUAAAGAAAUACGGUGACGAAUCCCCAGAAGCUGCGGAUUUAUACUUCAUAUAUGGGAAGGCGCUGCUGGAGAAUGCGAUUAGCCAGACUGCCGUGUUGGGGAAGGAACAAGCUGAGGAGGCGUUGUUAAAGGAUGAAGACGCCGAAGGUGGUGCAUCUGGAGCAAACCCGUUCAUAUCCUUCUCUGGUGACGCGGAAGAGGAAGAGGAGGAAGAUACCGGGGGUGAGGACACAGCAGUUGACUUGUUCGCAGAAGCGAAUGCCGCUGUGGAAGCGGAAGAGAAGGAGAAUGCAGAAGAAGCUCAGGAUGGGGACGACGAGGAUGGUGAACCUGAGGAUGACUUCAACGCUGCGUGGGAGUGUCUUGACCUUGCACGCGCUUUAUUCGAGAAAAGAAAGGACGAAGACGAUACAGUUAAGCUUAAGCUUGCGGAUACGUAUAUUGCUUUGGGUGAUGUGUCUUUGGAGACAGAGAAAUUUGAGCUCGCGAUACCUGACUACGAAGCAGGCCUAGCUCUCAAAACCUCCCUCCUCCCCACUUCCUCCCGACAAAUAGCAGAAGCACACUACAAACUCAGCAUGGUACUCGACCUCACAUCCGGUCGGCUUGCACAAGCGAUCUCACACGCGGAAAAAGCACUUGAGAGCGUCGAGAGUCGCCUCGCGGAAAUGCGUACGGGACUUAGUGGACAACUUCCUCCUUUGCCUGAACCUCCGAAGGCGAAUGCGGCGGUGGACGUGAAGGGGAAAGGGAAAGCUGUGGCGGCUCCCUCUCUCUUAGCACAGGAGGAGCUUGUACAGAAUAUGAGCAAGUCGCAAAUCGAGAAGGAGAUUAAGGAGUUGGAGGGAUUACGUGAGGAUCUGGGACUAAAGGUGGAAGAGCUAAAGACGAACCCAGGUAGCGGAGGACUGACUAACGCACCCGAACUCGCUGCGAAAGCUCUAGAUCUUGAGCUUAACUCGAGCACAACAACAGUAAAAGCUGAGUCGUCUCAAUCAGCUGUGGUGAACGACCUCAACCAGAUGGUACGAAAGAAGAAGAAAACGGCUCAGCCUAAUGGAGAUGCAGAGAUGAACGGAAAGCGCAAGGCGGAAGAGAGCGAGGGUGAAGUCCCAGCUGAGUCGAAGAAAGCGAAAGUAGAAGAUGCUCCUGCAUCCCCUUAG